AUGUUCGACAUUGAUGGAGUUUAUAACUCUCAAAAUGACCGAAUAUGGGCGGUUAAUCGUUCAGAAGCCGAUAUCAAAGGUGGUACCCGGCAAAAACGUAAAUUUCCGCAAAAAGUUAUGGUUUGGCUCGGAGUUUGUUCUAAAGGUGUGUCACCUCUAAUUUUUUUCGAGAAAGGGACAGUCGAUCAUGACCGAUACAUCAAGGAGGUGCUUCCAGUCGCUCUCAAGUUUGGCAAUGACAUGUUUGGAAACGACUGGAUCUUCCAGCAAGAUGGUGCAAAGCCUCACACUCAUGCAAAAUCUCAGGAAUGGUGCACCAAGAGCUUUCCAUCGUUCAUUGACAAGAGCCACUGGCCUCCAAACAGUCCUGAUUUAAACCCAUUGGACUACUGUAUUUGGAACGAAUUCGCUCAACUGAUCGAGUGGGACGCAGUGACAUCUAAAACAACAUUAAUCACUGCUCUGAAAUGUGCUGUUCGAAAAAUUUCCCAGGAUGUUGUCUUUGAAAGUUGUUCGUCUUGGACUAAUCGAUUGUAUCGAUUGUCUCAAGACAAGGGAAAUUAUUUAAGAUAA